AUGUCAAAAAGAGCAGGUGUAAGCGCUGAAGAAAAACUUACAAGGAUGAUUGACUUCUUUCAUGCAUCUAAUGAUUUCUUUUCCAUCAAAGAUUUAAUGAAGCUCGUACCGAGGGCUACAGGAAUCGUAAGUCAAAGUGUAGAAGAUACACUAAAGAACUUGAUAGAUGAUGGAUUAGUUAAACUAGAAAAAGUAGGAAGUAUAAAUCUUUAUUGGAGUUUUACUUCAGAACAAUCGGUGAACAUUAAUAAAGCGAUCAAAAAACAAAAUGAAGAGUUUGAAAAAUUCAAACUUCAAAAAUCUGAACUUGAGGAUGCCAUCGAGUUAGAAAGAAUUGAUCGAGUGGAAUCUGUUGAAAGACAAGUUGGUCUUCAAGACUUACUUGAAUUGAAGUCUUCUAUUAAAUCACUUCAAGAAGAACUUGAAACAUUACAUGCAAUAGAUCCAGCACGAAUUGAAGAAAAAGAAAAAGAAUGUCAAUUAUUCAAAACAGGUGCUGAGAAUUGGACAGAAAACUUGUCCAUCUUAGCCAAACAUUGUAAAGAUCAAUUCAUGAUGGACGAAGUCACUUUUUGUAGGGAGUUUGGAUUAGAGAUAGGAUAUGAAGAUUCAAUUCAAUAG